AAAGGCGGAGAUAGUAUUCCAUGAAAAGCGCACACACAAAUAUCCCAUAAAUAGACGUACGCACUCAGCAAAUACGCAUAUUAAUACUCACCUUCCGACAAAGUUCACGGUGUGAGCUCUCCAACACAAGCUCGAAUUACGAACUGGGUCGUUUGCAGAUCUUCGCCUAGAGCCACAGAUUGUAGACAAUUCGGUUGACUUUAGAGCCAAAGGUUUAACUUCUGGGUGGGAUAUCAUGGACUCCCCACAAUCUGUUGUCUCGCCAUUCAAGAACUCCCUCGUCGCUGAGCCUGAGAUGCGGAAAUCCGACUUCUUCGUACAGAGCCCUGGUCCCUUAUCAAAGGGAAUUGAGUUCAACAGCAAGAAAGCUCUGGUGUCAAACAUAGAGGACUGCAUUGGUGUUCUUGAUGUCUACGUACAUCAGGCUAGGGACAUCCACAACAUCUGCAUAUACCACAAGCAAGAUGUUUAUGCUAAGCUUUGCCUGACUAGUGAUCCUGAAAACACAGUCUCCACCAAAACCAUUAAUGGUGGUGGGAGGAAUCCAGUCUUCAACGACAAUGUCCGUCUCAAUGUUUGGACUGUUGAUUCCUCACUCAAAUGUGAGAUAUGGAUGUUGAGCAGGGUCAGGAAUUAUCUUGAAGAUCAGUUGUUGGGGUUCGCUUUAGUGCCAUUAUCUGAAGUCCUUCUCCAGAAUGGGAAGUUGGAGAAAGAAUUCUCUUUAUCUUCAACUGAUCUGCUCCAUUCCCCGGCGGGGUUUGUUCAAUUGUCUCUCUCCUAUAGUGGGGCUUCGCCGGAAGUAAUGGCUAUUCCUGCAAUGCCAACUGCUAUGGCCACGAAUGCAACUGAGCAGGACACAGAGAUAUCUGAGUCACACCCAAGUGAUUUUGAUAAGAUUGAGUUCCCAGAUCCUAAGAUUGAUAAUGAAGAUCAGUUGAUGGUUUCGGAGUAUUUUGCGUUACCAUGUAACAGUUUGGACUCUGAGAGCUCUGAGAGCUUGGGAGCUUCUGAUGCUGAAAACCAUCACAGUUCAGAGGUGGGUGUUCAUGCUGUAGAAAGCUUCUCAACUGGUACAGUUGAAUCUAUCCAGCAUCCAAAGAUUGAUUCUCCUCUGAGCAGUGUGUCAACUAAUGGGGUUUCUUCUCCUUUGGACCCGGCAAGCUCGGAGUCUUCUGAUGCUCCAGAAGCAUCAAAAUCUCCGAAUCAGGAACGUGAUUCUGCCCCAAAAGAGAGUUCUGCAGGUGUUAAAGAUGGUGAGAGUGAUUCCUCUGGUGGGGUGCCAACUGAUGCAUUGACAAAGCCUGUCGUCACAGUCAAUGUUGAGCCAGAACAAAAGGUGGUGCAGCAGGACAUAGUGGACAUGUACAUGAAAAGCAUGCAGCAGUUUACUGAGUCUUUGGCAAAGAUGAAGCUACCUUUGGACCUUGACAAUGGACCAACCAAUUCAGGAAAUUCAAGCUCUGACCAGAAAUUACAGGCAUCAAAGAAUACUGGUUCCCGUGUGUUUUAUGGCAGUAGGGCUUUCUUCUAAGCUUUUGUUACAGUGGUGCGGAGGAAGACAGACAGGUGACUUUAGAUUUAGAAUGAAGACUAAUUACCUAGUACUGAAGUGUAAUAAUGUGUUAUGUAGUGUGAUGUUUUCCUUUGUAUGUUGAGAUGUAAUAGAUGGCAGGAAAUCAUGACACCUUUGUACCCCCUCUAGACACUUUGUUCUGUCGCAGCUGCUAUCAUAUAUAUGAACUAUUCUGAUUUUGUUUUC